AUGUCUCUAGGUUUGGUGCAGCUUUGGCUCAUCUUGAGUUUGUGCAGUUUGAGCUCAGGAUUAAACUGCCGAUGGAUCAGUCUUAAAUUCCAGCAGCACCACGAAACCAGUUUAACACUGCUCAGAGAAAUGGGAGAGGAAAAUAGCGUUAGCUCCAUCCCGGAUAACUGGCAUCAAUGGUUCUUGAGCCACAGCUAUUCUCAGCCAGAGAAACAGAUCUGGUUCAUAGUUCAGACUCUGGACGAAGUCUCUCGUUUAUUGGAAGAGUCCGAGUCUGUCUCCUGGAACGAGGACAAACUGGACACUUUCUUACAUAUGCUGGAUCUGCAGGCUAACGGACUACGCUCAUGUCUCGAGCACAGGAUGAAAAAGAGCAAAAGAUUGCCCUUAUACUUCAAACGACUACGAGAUCUCAGCAAGAACAACAAGCAGGAGAAGAAUGAGGCCUGGGAGACGAUCAGAAAAGAGCUGCUUCAACUCUUUGGAAUAUUCGACUUUUUCCCCGCUGUCUCUGGGACUCAGCAAUCAGUUACAGUUGUCCAGUGAUGACCGUAGAGAAAAGCUGCUGGCUGUUUUGAAAGACUCAAAAUUAGAAACUGCUUAGAUUUUGCUU